CUCAACGCGUGCGCAGUCCCACGACCCGGAAGCUAAAGUUAGCCUCACGUCGCGAAAGCAGAGCGCUGGCCUGCCUGUGUGGAAAAUGUGCAAAGUUAGACUUCUGAGAACGUUGGUGACGGAGCGAUUAAAUGUGGUUGUCGAGGAGAUAUUUGAACUAUUCGAGAGGACCAUAGCGGACUACGAGGAGGAACUUUGUCGAGCAAAGGAAGAGAACGAGCGACAACGCGAACUACUAAACGCCGUUGGAGAGUCUCAAGUUGUUUCACAAUCAGACAAGCAGCCGUUGGCGGUAAAGCGUGAAGAAGAGAGACAGGAUGAAGUUCCCUCUGAGAGGAAGGAGGAGCCAGCAGAACCUCCUGACAUUAAGGAGGAGGAGGAUGCAGGGCGAGUUCAAGAACUGGAGGAAAACAAUGUCACCACGUUCACACAGACCGGCGUCCACGUAAAGAGCGAAGAGGACGAUGGCCCAUCUUCACGGAUUCAUCGCAGUCAAAGUGAGGAGACGUCGGGUCAACACAUCACGACGGAAGGACGCCACGCAGCGCUGCGCCCCCAACCGGGCAACGUCGUCCGACCGCCGGAUACGGACGACGUGUCGUCACACUCCUCUUACACCGAUCGCAGCGACCACACCAAAGAACCUCCGACGACCAAUACGAACUCUGAAGGUGAUCCGACCCGUCGGACCGACGCCAAGCACUCAAAGUGCUCGGAAUGCGGGAAAACGUUUGUCCACAAAGGAUCGUUUACCAGACACAUGAGAACGCACAGCGGCGAGAAACCGUUCAAGUGCGCCGUCUGCGCUAAAGGCUUCUCGUUGAAGGCCAACAUGAAAAGACACACGGCGAUACAUCACCAGCCGGGCGGCGCUUCCACCCAACACGCGACCGGCGUUCAGUUCGGCUGCUGCGUCUGCGGGAAAACUUUUCGUCAGACGGACGAUCUCGUCGCUCACAUGAAAACGCACAGGGGCGAGAAACCUUCCAACGGCGCCGUUCGCGCCAAAGGCUCCUCCCGGAAGGCCAAGGCGAAAAAACACGCGGCGAUACGUCACGAGGUGAGCGGCGGCUCGACCCCACGCGCGGCGAGCGUUCAGUUCGGCUGCCCCGAGUGCGGGAAAACGUUCGGCCAGAAGAGCAACAUGAUCACGCACGUGAAGACGCACAGCGGCGAGAAACCUUUCGCCUGUUCGUACUGCGACCGAAGAUUCCACACCAAGCUUCACGCGAAGAGACACACGGCCAUCCACACCGGGGAGAAACCCUUCUCCUGCUCGUUCUGCGGGAGGCGUUUCCGAGAGAAGUACGACUUGAUGAAUCACGUCAGGCUGCACACCGGCGAGAAGCCUUUCACCUGCGCCGUCUGCGCUAAAGGUUUCUCUCGCAGCUCGUAUCUAAGAAUACACAAGAGAAGUCACAGUAGGGAUCACGGACUAACCCACGGCAGCUCCGCUAAACACGCGACAAAAGAAGCUGAAGGAAGACACUGCGGAGAUCGCCGGUCACAAGAAGAUAACUUUGUUCCUCUGUCAGAUAUGGAACACUUGAUGUCGCACUGAUCACGCCGACAAACACAGGCAUCGAAUACUUAGCCCCUACCUUUAAAAAGGGCAAAUCCAGUUCUUUGCAUGAACAAUGUAUCCAAUAAGUCAUGUAAUAUGUACUCUUAUUUUGACAAUGUGAUGUUAAAUCCUCUCUCAUUUAAUCGUGUUUUCAGAAGAUUUUUAUCGACAAUUACGAAUUUUCAGGGGUGCUGCCAUUUUCGCAAGUCACACGACUUACGUCCGCGUGUAAAGCGCCGCACCAAAGGCUCGAUUACAUUGUGCCCAGCGCUGAUUUCUCGGGAUUUAUCCCCACCUGAUGAAGGAAUAGCAGUGUCGGUUGAUCGGGAAGACGGAGGAAUACUUCAUACAGAUUUGAACCUGUUGCUGUAAAUAAUGUUCAAUAUUCGGAUGGUUCUUCGGGCGGAAUGACGCCGGAGUCUUGAGUACUCGGAGGCCUACGCGCGACAUA